AUGGCGUUCAAAGGAAUGAGCGGAGCCAAAAAUAUUGCUCAAUUUGUGCUUUUGCUGUUGGCAGUUCCAAUUAUCCUUUUCUACAUUUUGGUUCUGGCAGGAAGCUCAUCUCGCUCCCCUGGAAUCCCAAACAUAUACUUGGUCUCUCUCCAAAAGGCCAAUGAGACCUCUGGCCCAGCAGCGAAUUUGACUAUCCACAUCGGAUAUUUUGGCAUGUGCACGACCAUAGGCUCCAAGAACCUCACCUGUGUCUCCACCUUCGGGAAAUCCGGUACUCACCUCGCCUCCUCGUUCACACACACGUCGGAUAACGGCGCAAUUUCUCUCUUCGACCUAGCAAGCACCAUCCAAUCCCGCAUAUUUAUUUUCCUCCUUGUAUUAUCCGGAUUCAUUUUCAUCCUCUCAUUUGUCCUCAUACUACUCCUCGAGCGCGAUCUUCGCAGCCAGGACACUACAGCCAAAGCCUGUACUCGCCGGCGCUUCCUGAAGACAGCCACACAGAGCUCAGUGUGGAUGAGUGUUGGGUUGGCUACUGCUAUGACUGUAGGAAGCCAGCAGACGGCUGCUGCGCUGGAAUUUAUUUCCGCGAAUGGGGGUGGGGAUGUGUUGAUUAAGAGUGGAACGACACUGUUGGUAUUGCAGUGGUUUGUUGUGGGGUUUUCUGCUAUUUUUGCAAUAGGAAGUGGUGUUGCAUCGUCUCAGCGGACCGGGCCAUCACCAGAUGAUGGGACAUCUGGACCUGGAUUCAUGGUUGGAGAUGAGGGAAAAGUAACCUUUUAA